AUGACAGGGCCAAACAGAGACAACUUCCAGCGAGCGCUCAAUCGAUUCAAACAAUCCCUGUCUCCGGAUCUCACAAACGAAUUCUCCAUAUGCUCCUUGUCAGAUGUACAACAAGUCUGUAAGGAAAUUCAACAGAGACAUGGAAGCGAGAGGAAAUUACGAUACAUGGGACGUCUGAGGGGUUUUAUUGAAGCAAUGGAACAGUUUGGUAAAGUAAUUGACAUAUUUGUGAAUGCAAGUGAAUUCGUUUGCUUCAUAUGGGGGCCGAUCAAAUUUAUGCUUCUCACCGCUAGCACACAUCUUAGUUCUUUCGAUAAACUACUUGAUGCGUAUGAGCAAAUAGGAGCUGCUAUCCCCGGCCUUGAACGCUACGAGAAGACCUUUGCGGAACACCACCCUUUAGCUACGGUACUCGAAGACUAUUAUUCAGAUAUUCUAGAGUUCCAUCGCAUAGCCAUUUCCGUCUUCAAGCGACCUACAUGGAAAGACAUGUACCACUCAAUAUGGAAAACAUUUGAUAGCAAGUUCAGCCCAAUCUUGCAUAGCUUGAACAGGCGACGGGAUCUCUUGGAAAGUGAGAAAAGCUCGGCAACUCUCUACGAGAUUCACCAAGUGCGCAAAGACAUUUCGUCUAUAUAUACGAAAUACCAACAGAAAAUGGAUGAAGAACGCCAAGAGAAGCACAAGGGUCGGGUAUCCCACAUAAGAGAAAAGUUAGAUGCUCCAAACUAUGCAAUUGACCAAGAGAUGGCUGCGGAAAAUAGGUUUAUCGACAGUUCGGGAAAAUGGAUUUUGGAAAACAAGGAGUUCCAAGCUUGGGAUAGCCAUGCUUCGGGACAUAGCAUCCUAUAUAUCAACGGGAUCCCAGGUGCAGGCAAAACAACUUUGGUAUCGGCAGUGAUUAGGAAGCUCCUAGACAGUAGGAGUAGGGAUUCGACGGUUAGUUAUUUUGUCGCCUAUUUUUAUUUCAAGUAUCGGCAGCCUAGCAAAGAGUCACACAAUAGUCUUCUUCGCAGUAUUUUAGAUCAACUCAUCAUCCAGGACCACGCCAUGUCGGACCAUUUGUUCAGCAAAAUAUCGGCAAUGGAUCCAACAUCGCUACGACUAACAAGAACACUGGAAGCACUUGUUAAGGAGGCACUGGAAAGUCAUCAAAUUUCAUAUAUCGUAAUUGACGGCCUUGAUGAAAGCGCCCCUAAAGAAUCGGAGCGAUCGGUACAAUGGUUCUUAUCACUCAUAAAAGGACGCUCAGAGAACACUACCACCUCAUUGCGUAUUUUGCUUUGCGGCCAACGGGAUGGUGUCCUGGACAGCCUUCUUGUCAAUAUACCAUCCAUAACUUUAGAGAAUACCGCCCAUACCAAGGAUAUCGAAGAAUAUUGCUCAUAUUUCUGCAAACGAAUAAGAGAAAAGUUCGAUAUUUCCCAUGAGGAUCAAAAGAGCAUUGCUCUCCGUGUUGCGAAUAGCGCAAAGGGCAUGUUCCUCUACGCCCAUGUGGUCUUAGAGAACUUACUAAGUCAAACGAAGCUCUCCAGCUUGAAGAGAGAAUGCAACCAGACACAUUCCCAGAAGGGAUUGAGAAAGCGUAAUGACAUUGGCUCUUAA